UUUGCCACGGAGGAAUGUGACGUUCGUGUAACUCUGGAAGAAAGGAGUAAAGCGAAAGAGAGAAACAAGCUGAAACAUAGACGCACUGGUGUGGUGGGGAACGAAAAGCCCAAUCUCGACAGAAGAUCAGCGCAGCUCGACCAGCCCGUCUCAAGAUGAACGUGUUUGACCGCAACAUCAACUUUGACGCUCUGUUCAAAUUCUCACAAAUUUCCAGCUCCACUCAGCAGCACCUGAAGAAUGUGUAUUCCAGUCUUUCCCUGUGCAUGCUGGUGGCGGCCGCUGGCUCCUACGUCCAUGUGGUCACAAGGCUCUUCCAGGGCGGGAUCCUGAGCCUCCUGGGCUCCCUGGGAAUGAUGGCCUGGCUCGCCAUGACGCCCCACAACCAGGAGACGGAGAAGCAGCGGCUCGGAAUGCUGGCCGGUUUCGCCUUCUUCACAGGUGUGGGGCUGGGGCCUACCAUGGACUACGUCAUUGCCAUUAACCCAGGCAUCAUUGUGACAGCUUUCCUGGCCACCUCCGUCGUCUUUGUGUGCUUCACUCUCAGCGCCUUGUACGCCCGGCGCAGGGCUUACCUCUUCCUGGGAGGGACCCUGAUGUCUGCUCUCUCCAUCCUGCUUCUGGUGUCCCUCGUCAACCUGUUCUUGGGGUCGGCGAUACUCUUUAAGGCUCACCUGUACCUGGGACUGGCCGUGAUGUGCGGCUUCGUGCUCUUCGACACGCAGCUCAUCAUCGAGAAGGCGGAGCUCGGCGACAAGGACUACAUCUGGCACUGUGUUGACCUCUUCCUGGACUUUGUGACCAUCUUCAGGAAGAUCAUGGUCAUCCUGGCCAUGAACGAGAAGCAGGACAAGAAGAAGGAGAAGAAGUAGAAGCUCAGACCAGCGUCAGAUGAGGACCGGUCUGAGACUCUGAGUUCUGAAGCGUUUCUGGUGUUUUCGUCCAUUGCCCUUUUUUGAUUAUAAUUAUUAAUCAUGAUUUUUAUUGUUUUCUUACAUGUAGCUUCUUCCUUAUUUAAGACAAAAAGUAGGGUUUUUCUGUGAGCUUGCAGAAAGGAUUUUUUAAAAUAUUUUUAUUUUUAUUUUUAAGGUACUGCAAUGAUAAAACCUGUCCAGAUGGGGGAGCUGUUAGCAUUCAGUUCUGUUCCUUGGAUCAACACUUUGUUUCAGUUACAUCCGCAAUCACAGUCUCAGCGUACAUCAUAUCCUUCUCUUAUUUGGAUGGUUCAUUACAUUAUAAUUUUUUUGAUACCAUGGCAGGUUUUCUGAGCAGUCUUAAAUUCAUCCCCCCUUCCCCCAACCCUACCCCACCACCACCCAACUUCUGGGACGUCAGCAUCAACAUUUAUCAGGCAGUACUAUGAGUGCCCACUUUCAAACUCAGCCAGGAUCCAUUGACUGUUUGAACAUUAGCCAAAAAAAGCCAAAAAAGUCUUUAAAAAUUUGUGGUGCGCGUGUUUGGAUUGUAGCCAAAGAUUCUUAGCUAUAGUAUUUAGGGAGGAGCAAUCAGCUAAUCUUAGGCGCUGAGUUGUAAUAUAGACGUUAAAUUUCCACGUCUCAGUUCGUUUUUCCAUCUGACUAAAUGAGUCCUUCGCCAAAAACUCCUGUCCACUAAAACAAAAGAGUAGCAGUCUUGCUGCUCUUUUGUUUUAUUUUUAUUUUUGAAAAAGGAAAAACCUGGGCUCAAACUUGACUCGUUUUUUUUCCCUGUGUGACUCUGAUCCGGCCUGAGCGCAGCGGUGUUGAGCUGCUUAUUGACACGCUGUGCUUUCCACAGCCCGCGGUUCCCACCUCCGACCUCUCCCUCCCCAGCUCCGCACCGUUUCGCGAGCCGCAUCACAGCCCGUGGCCUAGCGCCCCAGCCAAUAGGACCUUAAGCUCCUCCCCUUAGGGGAGUGACCCUUCCCCCCCCCGGUUUAUCUUCGAUACCAGGUCCCAGGUACAGCCCUUUUAACCCCCGUGAGCGGUACAGAAUCUUCCCCUGUUAAGCACCUGUUAUUUCUGACUCUUAAUUUAUGCAGAUUUCUUCGCUGUGUGUGAACAUUGGUGGUGUUGUAAGGUGUCCUGUGGAAACGGUGGAUGUUUAUUGGUGAAUCUGUCAGGAGAGAUGUGAUGCGUUCUCCCCCUUAACCCGGCCCGCCCCUCUCCUUUUUUUGUACCUGUAACGUUCGCUAGCAUCACGCGCUGAUUUGGCCUCACGCGCGGAUUACAGCGGAUCGGAGCUGAGCGGGUUUUCGUUUGUGCGGGUCGGGUGUCAGGGCGCGAGGGGGGCGGGCGGCCGUGGCGCCGACGUGCCCCCUCCCCCACUUUCCUCCACCUCACUUUUAUAAUGAUCAGCAGUUUUCAUUGUUCAGUGCUGAUAAUAGUUUGAAAUAAAAUGUUACAUUUCUAAACAAAUUAUGACCCACUCCCCCCCCCAUUCCCCCAAGUGACUCUGGUGGCCAUGACUGCAGCUUAUUUAAAUCUAAAUGCUACGCUAAUAGGUUUUCUCUCCCUCCAUACGAUCCAGCUUUUUUUUUGUCAGUUAAUAACUUUCAGUAAUAAUAGUGAAAUGCUGCACCAGGCAUGUGCCGUGGUCUCCCACCCGUAAGGCACUGGCAGUUUGCUUUUAAACUGUCGGGAGACCCCUGGCUCCUGCUGCCCAAACUGUCCUCCUUUCACUUUAUAUGGGGGCGGGAGUAUUUUAUUCCUUCAAAGUGCCAACUCCAUUAUCAUUAUGAGUAUCUAUGAGAAUCUGUUUGA